AGCUCGGUAUAAAUCCUUCUCUCCACCUUCUUCCCGACAGCUCAGUCUUUGUUCUCCUUUUCUGAUCUACGCCGAGCUUCAGUUCUGCCAAAAUGCUAGCGUCCCGUCUGCUGAUCAGCGUGCUGGUAGCUGCGGUCAGGUCUUGAGCCUGAAAUACUACGUGACCGACUUAACGGGACUCGCUGACAGUCUGAUAGGCCGCGGCACAGUAUGAUGUCAAGCGAUAUCCCCUUCGUUUCUGGUCUAGCAGCGGUAGGCUGGAUAUGGUCACUGCCACGGUUAACGUUGCGAAAGGCUGUGUUUAUCAUGCAUCUUGGACCCCUCCCGACCUAUGGUCACCCGACUCUGCAGUGUCCAACGAAGACUACGAUGGAAUGCGACUUGUAAGCAACACUGGUAGGCCACUUCGCGGCCAGCCAAAACUCGCUUCCCGUGGAUCUGGCAAGCUCGAUGUCUUCGUCGCUGCCGCUCCAAGGAUUGGCGAUUAUUUCUUAGAAGUGCUCCACUCAACCUGGGAUGGUCAGACCUGGUCGGCGUUCAAGAAUAUCAGCAGCUUUGGUCACGACCAACUGUUCCAAUCAUUCAACGUGGCGCAGACCGGUUCAUCCACCAGUCAGGUCCAGCUCGUCGCUUAUAAUGCCUCCGCCUAUAUGAGUCGUACUACCUACAGUGGUUCGGAUUGGUCGGGAUGGCAGACUGUUCCUGACGAUGAGGAGGAAGGCGGGUUCAUUACGAGCAACGAACCUUUGGCGGUCAGCACCGGCAAGGGCACGGACUACUUUGGUCUUCGUUACAAUGGUACCAUUGCUCGCAAAUCGUGGGAUGGCUCCAAGUACAACCCACCAGGCACAGCUUGGGACCACAUAAAUGGUACCAGCGAGGACGGCUUCAUGGCAAUGUGAGUCACAUUCGACUCAGAUACUAAGCAAACCCAUCUCUGGGGCCUUGAUUUCGAAACCCGCUUCUGGCACGCAGCAUCGACUGGAAGUGGUUGGAGUGCCUGGGAAGGGCUGGGAGAGUUCCCAGAGUUGCCAGGGGUCGUUCAUGCCGACAAUGGUGUCAUUCAUCUUGCCGGUCGGAACGUCAGCGAGCAAGCGGCGCCAUUGACGUACAGUUCGUUCAAUGGCAAACUGUGGACUGACUGGCAGAUUCUGGGCCGUCCCAUCAUCAAUUACUACGUGGAUGCGCCAAUCCUCGCCUAUGUGUCGCCCAAGCACCUUCACGUGUUCUCCGCACUCACGGCUGGUUUGAGCAACAGUGAGUUCGGCACUGGUACCGUAUUUUCCCACAAAUGGAACGGCACCUGGUUUCCCAAUCUCGGC